AUGGACUUCGAGGGUGCUCUAUUUGAUUUAGGAGCUAGUGUUAGCCUAAUGACUUUGUCCGUUUUUAAGAAAUUGGACAUGGUAGACUUGAAACCUACCAAUGUGUCUUUGCAACUGGCCGAUAUAUCGGUUAUGUAUCCCAUAUGUGUGUUAGAGGAUGUUCCGGUAAGUUUGGGAGAGUAUUAUGUGUCGGUUGACUUUAUCAUUAUGGAUAUCGAUGAAGAUUGUCAAAUCCCUAUAGUUUUAGGAAGGCCCUUCUUAGCUACGGUGGGGGUCAUCAUAGAUGUCAACAAAGGGAAGUUGACCUUUGAGGUAGGAGAUGAGAAGAUUGAAUACAUUUUAGCAAAGUUGUUGAAGAACCCUUCCUUAAGUGACUCUUAUUGUUUGGUUGAUUUGUUAAGCAGUUGUGUUCAAGAAAAACCACCAUAA